UAGGCGCAUGUUCUUGAAUAAAAAGUGCCGCUAUUCGCAGGAAGUCAUAGUCGAGCUUUGACAAUCUUAUUAGCAACAAUGGCAGCUAAAUUGUUCGUGGUCCUGUCCCUGGCCGUGGCGGCGUCGGCCGUGCCGCUGGUGCCGGUGGCGAAGGUGGCGUACGCGGAGGUGGAGGCGCCCGCGCACUACGAGUUCCAGUACUCGGUGCACGACGAGCACAGCGGAGACAUCAAGCAGCAGCAGGAGGCGCGCGCCGGCGACGCCGUGCACGGCUCCUACUCGCUGCUGCAGCCCGACGGCCUGACGCGCGUCGUCGACUACUCCGCCGACAAGGAGCACGGCUUCAACGCCGUCGUGCGCUACGAGGGCCACCCCGCGCCCGCGCCCGCGCACCCCGUCAAGCUCGCCUACGCCGCCCCCGUCGCUAAGCUCGCCUACGCCGCCCCCGUCGCCAAGGUCGCCUACUCCGCCCCUGUCGCCUACGCCGCCCCCGUCGCCAAGGUUGCCUACGCCGCCCCUGUAGCCAAGGUCGCCUACUCCGCUCCCGUGGCCUACGCCGCCCCCGUCGCCAAGGUUGCCUACGCCGCCCCUGUAGCCAAGGUCGCCUACUCCGCCCCUGUCGCCUACGCCGCCCCCGUCGCCAAGGUUGCCUACGCCGCCCCUGUAGCCAAGGUUGCCUACGCCGCCCCUGUAGCCAAGGUUGCCUACGCCGCCCCCGUUGCCAAGGUUGCCUACAGCGCGCCCGUAGCUCACGUCUCCUACUCAUCCCCUGUUAUCUCCUACCAUCACUAAGCUGUUGUUGUUGUAGUCUAAUAAUGACUGUUAUUAUUUAUUGAAACGAAUCGUUAUAGAUAGACCUAAACAAUAAAAUAAAAAGAGUUGAAGAACAUAA